AUGUCCGGUAAAGGUGGUAAAGCUGGUUCUGCUGCUAAGGCUUCUCAAUCUAGAUCUGCUAAGGCUGGUCUGACCUUCCCAGUGGGUAGAGUCCACAGACUUCUGAGAAGAGGUAACUACGCCCAGAGAGUUGGUUCCGGUGCUCCAGUCUACUUGACUGCUGUUUUGGAGUACUUGGCCGCCGAAAUUUUGGAAUUGGCUGGUAACGCCGCCAGAGACAACAAGAAGACCAGAAUUAUCCCACGUCACUUGCAGUUGGCCAUCAGAAAUGAUGACGAGCUGAACAAGCUGCUGGGCAAUGUCACCAUUGCCCAAGGUGGUGUUUUGCCAAACAUUCACCAAAACUUGCUGCCCAAGAAGUCCGGGAAGCCUGGAAAGGAGUCCCAAGAGCUGUGA